GGUUCGGUCGGAUUGUCGCGCCGGUAUUCACGAAAUCGUAAAUUAUUAUGUAUCCAAAUAUAUGAACGGUUUAAUCGCGUGAACGUAUCGUCACAUCAGACGCCGAUCGCGUGAGGUAAUAGAGGCGAAAAGCGAGAAACGCGAGGCGCGUCGGUGCGUCAUUUGGAACUGCAUCGGUAAAUAAUGUGAAGUUGAAAUUUUGACGAGUCCCUGAAAAUGUGCGUGAGUGAAAACACAUAGAAACGUCAGUUGGCGAAGAUGAUCGCAGAGCGUAGACGCCGUUCGAUUUGAAAAUGCAUGGCGAAGAAGUAUCGUGACGAACGAACAGGGAAGACGCCAUCGAAAAAGGAUUUGAAGCUUUUUUCUCGUGCCGGCGUUCGGUUUACGCGACAGAGUCGAACGAAUCGUGACAAGAAUAUCGUUCGGGCGUGUAAUGAAAGGCAAAUUGGAAAAAAGCGAUUGCAGCGGCGAGACUUAGCGCGAGUAAGCGGAGGAAAUUGAUCGUUGAAGUCGAAAAAGGAGAGGAAAAAGAAGCGGAGGAAGAAGAAGAAGAAGAAAACGCGAGAAUCGUUGAAAUAUAAGGAAAGCGAAGUCGAACGAAGCGCGAAGCGCGCGCGCGGCCUUCCGCAGAGUAAGCGAGGAUGGAGGACGAAUUACGAUGUCCUUGUUGCAAGGAGCUGUUCGUCGAGCCGGUGCUAUUACCCUGUUGGCACGCUCUUUGUCUGUCGUGCGCGGUUAAUCUUCAAGCACCGCCGGACUCGCCUCCGGAGUCGACGACCGAUUCAUCGAACGCGCCAGGAUCUGAUCAGGAGGCCGAUAAACUUUCGAUUUUGUCCGAGACCGACUCGGGGGUGGUGUGCAGCAGCACGUCAACCAGCUCGCGACCAGGAAGCUAUGUCGGCACACCCGGAAACGGUGGUUUUCCGCCGUCAGGCGGCACUUUGUGUCUUUCUUGCCCCGUUUGUCAGAAGACCGUAUAUUUCGACGAAGGCGGAGCACACAAUUUGCCCAAGUACAGGGCAAUGCAGCAUAUCGUGGAAAAAUAUCAGGAAUCGAGGAACGCGAGAUUGCAGUGUCAAAUGUGCGAGGGUGAACCCCGAGACGCUACCGUCGCCUGCGAACAAUGCGAGGUGUUGUAUUGCGACGGCUGCAGAGAAUCGUGUCAUCCGAAGAGGGGACCUUUGGCUGCUCACAAUCUGGGCCCACCUCGUGGCAGCUGGCAAUCGAACGGAGGCAAAGGUUCUCGCGGUCCAGCCACGGAAACUACGCCGGUUUGCAACGAUCACAACGGCGAACCGUUAACUCUCUACUGUGCCCUCUGCAAAAUCGCGAUAUGCGCGCUUUGUCUUCGGGAUCGUCACGCCGCUCACCCACACGACGUCCUACCAUUGGCCGCAGCCUGCAAGGCCCAGAAGACCGAAUUGUCGCAAAAUUUGCAACAGCUGUCGGAAAGGGCUCGGUCGACGACGGAAUUCAUUCAGAGGCUCAAAGGGAUGACGGACAAAGUGCACGAAGAGUGCGUCGCUCUGGAAGAAGAGGUGGAGGAUCGCGUGGCGAACCUGGUGAGUCUAUUGCAGGUGAGAAAAUCUCGGCUGAUCGAAGCUGCCCGUCAGACCAGGGAAGCUAGGGUGCGUUCGUUGAGGGACCAAGUUGCCAGAUGCGCGUCCCACCUGCAGGCGACCACGGCUCUCCUCACGUUCUGCAUCGAGGCUCUAAAGGAGACCGACGGUGCCGCCUUUCUGCAAAUUGGCGGCAUGCUCUCGGUCAGAGCCGCCACCGCUGCCGGUUCCUGGGGUGGCGCCGAGGGCGUGCAAGAAAUUGCUCGGUUACCGCUGCUCGAUCUCACCCUGGACGACAAACCGUUGCGACGCGCCAUCGAUCAGCUCACCUUCGUUCAAUUGAAACCGCCCGGAGCACCGAUAUUGAUACCGGAAGAAUGCAGCGCCGAGAACAACAGCGUUACCGUUGCCUGGCAGCCUCCGCCGGGACACGGGAUCGUGGGCUGCGCGGGUCAAAGAGGCCCCGCCAUCGACGGAUACCUUCUCGAACUAGACGACGGCUGUGGCGGAGAAUUUCGAGAAGUGUACUGUGGCCGAGAAACGAUCUGCACCGUGGACGGAUUGCAUUUCAAUUCUCUGUACAAUGCCAGGGUGAGAGCGUUCAACAGCGCCGGGGAAGGCGAAUAUUCGGAGCUGAUCGGCCUUCAGACAGCCGAGGUGGCAUGGUUCUCGUGGGCAACCGGGGCGUCCGGUAUACCACAGGAGGUAUCCAUUUCCGAGGACGCGAUGAGUGCGUCCUGCGAGGGUUACGAGCACCGAGUCGUCCUCUCGAGCGUCGGAUUUUCACGGGGCGUCCACUACUGGGAGCUGACGAUCGAUCGCUAUCACAGCGACACCGAUCCUGCUUUCGGCAUAGCCAGAGCCGAAGUAUCCCGGGAUCGAAUGCUCGGCAAGGACGACAAGGGUUGGAGCAUGUACAUAGAUCGGCAACGUUCGUGGUUCAUGCACGGCGGUGGACACGCGCAGAGGACCGAAGGUGGCGUGCAACAGGGUUCCACGGUGGGCGUCCUCUUGGACCUCGACACGACUCACACGCUUCGUUUCUUCGUAAACGAUCAACCGCAAGGAGGGAUCGCGUUUCGCGAUCUCUACGGCGUAUUUUAUCCGGCUGUCAGUCUGAAUCGAGGGGUGACCGUCACGUUGCACACCGCCCUGGACGUACCGCGUCAUUUGUUGGCGCUGCACGAGGAGUACAUGAGCGACGUGAUUCAGAGCUAGGGAUACCUAAAUGUCCUGAAGAAGGGCCUGUUGCAGGAAGUCGGCUCGCCAACUUCCGUCGACAAGUCGACGGAAAAGACCAGGGAGUUCAACGGUCAGUUGGAGAAGAUCGUCGAGGAGAGCCUCGGCGAGAUCAAUUGACGAUCACCGGUCGGAUCGUCCACGCGUAAUAUCAAAUUUUUCUGAUUUUCUAUUUAUUUUGUCCCGCAAGAAUCGAGGAACGAUCGGGCGUAUUCGACUCCCGUCGCGUCGGGCGAUCGAUAAUCGUUUUUCUCGACAAUAUAUCUUUUAGAGGCGAGGAGAAUCUUUUGAAACGCGACGACUAACGUCGCGGUACGCGGAACGUCUCGCGAUCUUUGAUCAAAAAUCACUGCCAACGGCGCGAGAUUUAUCGAAUCAAAGACUGCUGCCAUUUUCUAGAGAGAAGAAAGGUAAAAAGUACGUAAACCGAAGUGUUCUCCGUCUAAGGAUCGCGUGCGAUCGUAUUCUUAUUCAUAUCGAUACGUAUAAGCAUAAUCGCGUAGAUUUAAGGUAAGUUCUAUCGAUAUUUAAUAGGAUGCAUUGUUAAGAAAGAAAAAGAAAGGGAAAAGAUGCACGCGUGCACCGAAGCUCGGCUUUAGUGUAAAAUAACGUCUCGAUUGAACGUUUUCUAGUCCCUGAUAGAAUUUUCUAUCCAGCUUUCCCCCUUUUUUCGAUUUUAAUAUUUCUUUUUUACCGUUUUGUACGAGGAAAGAUCGCGAGCAAACGCGUCACGGGAAUACGAAUUUAAGAUUAUCGAAGAUAGAUGUUGCAGCGCACAAACUCGUGAAACCAUUCCUCCUCCAGCGACGAGGAGAAUCAACGUCAGCGUUGUACAUAUUUGUAUAUACAUAUUUCGAUUGUACCGCCGAUCAAUUUGCCAACUGUAUCUACGAUUCUAUCCGAUCAAUAAAACGCACCAGAAAGAGAAAUAGUUCUCUGUCGUUCU